UAUGCCCGGACGGCUCCCGGCGUUCCAGUCCUCGUACCCGCCCUCUCAUUGAUAGGUGGCGGCGCGGCCAAUCGGUGGCGGCGUCUCAUGAUUAUGCGAUGAAAGCUCGGCCGGCCAUUGCGAAGGCGCUGGGCUGACAGCGCCGAGCGCGCGACGGCUGAAAGGUGGGCGUCGGCCGGCUGGUUGGCUGAUUCGAGAUGGCGGCAGCGGCCUUGUAUCUGGAGCACUACCUGGACAGAAACAACCAUUUUAUUGCAUGGAAACGGAGAUGUGGCAGGGAGAUACAGCAUUGAGUAACCCGCUGAAAUAAUGUACAUUGAAUUCUCUGAAACUCCCAUUUGGACAAGAAAUUAAAAAGAAAGCAAAGCAGAGCCCAGGAACCAGCUGGGCAAUGAGUUCAGGAGUGAAGCACUGCAAAAGCAUUGAAAGCCUCCCGUGUGAGCUACAGAGAAACUUCCAACUUAUGCGUGAACUGGAUCAGAGAACAGAAAACAAGAAAGCAGAAAUUGAUAGUCUUGCUGCACAAUACAUUUCAACAGUGAGGAGUCUGUCAUCGGAGCAACGAGUAGAAAUCUUGCAGAAGAUCCAGAAUGCCUAUACAAAAUGCAAAGAGUAUAGUGAUGACAAAGUGCAGUUGGCCAUGCAGACCUAUGAGAUGGUGGACAAGCACAUUCGACGGCUGGAUGCUGACCUUGCCCGAUUUGAAGCUGAUCUGAAGGAUAAAUUGGAAGGCAGUGAUUUUGAAAGCUCUGUGACACCAAACCUAAAAAAGGGAAGAAUUCCAAAGGAUAAGAAAACCUCCCGUGGUCGAGGCCGGCGAACAUCAGAGGAAGAUGCUCCAGUGAAAAAGAAACCAAAACGAAGAUCUGAAUUAGCUGAUACCAUCCUGUCAGUUCACCCUUCUGAUGUCUUGGAUAUGCCAGUGGAUCCCAAUGAACCCACAUACUGCUUGUGCCACCAAGUAUCCUAUGGAGAAAUGAUUGGUUGUGACAACCCUGAUUGUCCAAUUGAGUGGUUUCACUUUGCUUGUGUGGAUCUCACAACUAAACCCAAAGGGAAAUGGUAUUGUCCUCGCUGUGUGCAGGAGAAGAAGAAGAAGUAGAAAUGAUGUACAGUAUGAAAGAAGUUUAAUAUAUUCAUAUGUUGCAAUAUUUUGUCUUCAUCACCAACCCACCUUGCUUGGCCUGAUACAAAACAGAAGCCAGAUGCUCUCUUUAGCCAUCCUAAUGAUAAAAGUGGGAUAUAGAGGAAAUUCAUUAGUGAUUAUUAAUUGGGUUACAAGUAUACUUCUUUGGCACUGUAAUCAAUGAUAUGAAGUACUUAAGAGUAGGUCUGCACUGGAAUUUCUGCUAAUAUACUGAACCCUGUUGUAAGGAUUGCUUGUGGCCUUUCAUGUGAAGUUUGGUUAUCAAAAAUGAAGUCACUUUGGGAAGCAUCUAGCAGUGUCAUUCUGCUGGCGGAAUGGCAUGUUUUCUCUUCCAUUUCCCAAUGCAAUCUCUAAAAUUAAUUUAGAGAUUUGGAAUGAGCAUUGGGAAAUGGGGUCAGAGUGAAGAGAGUCCUGUUGUGUGAGGAGGAUGGGAUUGCAUAAUUUUUGAUGCAUCCCUUUCCUCUGCACAAUAUUUAUGAAGUAUUUUAAAUCCAAUAUCAAAACUUUUAUGAUCACUGAUAAGGAGUGGAAUCACAUAGUUCACUUUUGCAGAUAGAAUUUCCAUUUGCACAACAUUGGAUUCUGCUCAGGGAGGAGGUUCUGAUUUUGAACAUGCAAUUUUGCCCCUUUGGAAAUAAGUUGGCAAAAUAAUAUUUCAAAAAAAAGAAUGGAAGUAAUUCGUGUUUGAUUUGGGGAGUUCACAAUUAAAAUUCAGGAGUUGUAUGCAUAUUCUUAUUGUUCUGUGUACUGCCACCUCUGGGUUUCAUUCUGGUUUCACUGAAAUUGCAUGCUCAUUCCUACUGAUAAGCAAUACCUGCUUAAUAAAGACAACAGUUAACUAAGAGAUGGAUGUGAUAUCAGUAUAGUAUAAAUCCCUCACAAAACAAAUAAAAUUUAAUAUUUUAAAAUAAGUUUUGGAAUAUUAACAAACAAAGGACCAGGAAAACUAGUUUUCAGGGAGUAACAGUUUUAGGAAAGGAGAAAUUCCUGUAACUGCACAAAAGUGUUGGAUAGACUGUUAUACUGAGGUUCGUCUGAUGUGAAAUGUUCUGAAUUCACUGAGAUAUUUCUACUAAUCAGUGUAAAUAUUGGCAUUAUUUUCUUUUCUAAGUUUCUCAGGAAGGAGAUAGGCAUACAUCCCCCCACCC